UGCUGAAGGAGUACACCAUUCAAAACUUUCGGCAUAUUCGCUAUGUUCGCAGCCUAAAGCUAGAAAAUUAAAUAUGCUUGGUAACUCUUUUCAGAUAACGUCAAAAUUUUCUACAAAACAGAAAGAUUCUUUCUUGUUUAAAAAACAUAUUGAUCUCUCUGCUGUUAACUUGAAACAUUGUGACUGGAUAUCUGUAAAUCCUAUUGAAAACCCUUUAACAAAUGAGCCACUUGUCAAAGAUAUAAAACCUUCUAAAGAAAUGGUUGCCAAAAUAAAAGAAGCUCUGAAUCAUUAUAACCCUUAUAAUGAAUUAAUGGCCAUUUUUGAAACCUACGGAAAAUUUCUUCCUAGAAAAUUUAUUCUUGGGCGUAAAAUACACAGAGUUACUCAUUUAAUUGUGAAUGAGAGUCAUUCAGAUCCCAACUUUAAAGAAGGAGAACAGUUUACCAAUUUUAUGACAGAAAAAUAUCAUAACAUUUUAAGUCAGUGGGAAAAUACAUAG